AUGGUAUCUAACGAAAUUAUCAUUUCGGGAACCAUAGAAACCGGUAAUACCUGUAAGAAAUCCAAUGAAAUCCAGAUAGACUUCAUCGCUGAAGAGAAGAAUCCCAUCGCUGAUGACAAAAAUGACAAAAGCGAACAUCCUUCUCAGAAAAGUAAACGUAUCAAUAUGGUCACACAGUGUGAGCUCCAUAAAAUGGGAAAAAUUAUCAACAGUUCCAACUUGUUAACAAAGUAUGAUCCCCCUGAAGCAGAACAAUGUAUAAGCAGUUCCGACAUGUUCACACACUGUGAACCACCAGAAGUAGAACAAUGUAUCAGCAAAUCCGACAUGUUCACACAGUGUGAUCCAUCUGAAUGUGAACCACCUGAAGUAGAACAACGUAUUCUCAGUUCCGACAUGUUCACAAAGUGUGAUACUCCUGAAGUAGAACAACGUAUCAGAACUUCCGACAUGUCAACACAGUGUGUGACCGAAAUGUUCACACAGUGUGAGCCCCAUAAAGUAGAACGACGUAUCUGCAAUUCUGAAAUGUUCAAACAGUGUGAGACCGACAUGUUCACACAGUGUGAUCCUUAUGAAGUAGAACAACGUAUCAGAACUUCCGACAUGUUCACACAGUUUGAUCCCCCUGAAGUAGAACAACUCAUCAGCAAUUCCGACAAGUUCACACAAUGUGAACCACCUGAAGUAGAACAACUUAUCAGAACUGCCGACUUGUUCACACGUGUGGAGACCGACAUGUUCACACAGUGUGAUCCUCAUGAAGUAGAACAACGUAUCAGAACUUCUGACAUGUUCACACAGUUUGAUCCCCCUGAAGUAGAACAACUCAUCAGCAAUUCCGACAAGUUCACACAAUGUGAACCACCUGAAGUAGAACUACCUAUCAGAACUGCCGACAUGUUCACACAGUUUGAUCCCCCUGAAGUAGAACAACUCAUCAGCAAUUCCGACAAGUUCACACAAUGUGAACCACCUGAAGUAGAACAACUUAUCAGAACUGCCGACAUGUUUACACAGUGUGAACCACCUGAAGUAGAACAACGUAUCAGAACUUCCGACAUGUUCACACAGUGUGAGACCGACAUGUUCACACAGUAUGAUCCCACUGAAGUAGAGCAAUUUAUCAGCAGUUCCAACAUGUUCACACAGUAUGAUCCCCCUGAAGUAGAACAAUUACUCUCAAUACAACCAAUGAUCACCGUACUUGUAUUCUGUCGUGUUGGAUUUAUUUUGUUAGUUCUCUAUGUAAUAUUGUCCUAUAUAAUAUCUUAA